AUGGUUUCUGUCCGGCUUAAAAGCUAUCUUUUGUUAACUCUCGGUCAUCACGUCUCGAGCCGAGCCGCACCUCAGCACCAAUUGCUAAGAAGAGCAUCUACGGAUCAGCACCUGUUUCAUCAAUCCGACUCAAAUGGCGCCUGGUUUGGUCAAGUCGCAGCUCUUGACGGAAGCUUCGAAUCAUCCAAGAACACCAAUAUCUCCAUUGCCAUCGUUGGAGCCGGUGUUUCUGGUCUGGCUAUAGGCCUAAUGCUGGAUAGUGUUGGCGUUCACAACUGGGAGCUCAUCAAGGCUAGCGACUGCGUCGGAGGAAGAUUCCGAACUAUCUUCGUUGGCGAUAUAUCCCGGCAUACCAUCGAACGGAACACAACACCAUCUUUAUUGGUGAACACACAGCUCCGACUCAUGCUUGGAUCAGCUCGUCUCUGCACUCCUCUAUAA